AGGACGGUUCUCCGGUGGGGGCAGGGCGCCAGAGCUGAGGAAAGCGUCCUGAGUCACCAUGGAAACGGGGCCCAGAGGCUGUCCUAGCGGGAGGAAGGAAUCCCAGGAAAUCUGCUCCCCUGGAUUACUGGUGUUCACCGGCUGCUCUGAGCAGGAUGCCAACUUGGCUAAGCAGUUUUGGCUCGGGGCGUCCAUGUACCCCACUACCGAAUCUCAGCUCGUGCUGACCCGAGGCAGCAGUCAGAGGCUACCGGUGGCGCGGAACUCUAAAGUCGUUCUGAGUGAGGAUGCAAUUAUCUUUGCUAAAGCACAAAGGAUUCAGGAAUCUGAAGAGAAAGCAAAGUAUCUCCAAAAGGCCAAAACGCGAGAUGAGAUUCUCCGACUUUUAAGGAAACAAAGAGAAGAAAGGAUCUCGAAAGAACUGAUUUCAUUACCUUAUAAACCUAAGGACAAAGUGCCCAAAUCAAAGGAAGUUUUAUCAGAGUCAGGCUUAAGGGACCAAGAAGAAGUCAAAGCCUUGGAAUGAUUUGAUUGACAUAUGGUAUCGACUGACUGAUAUGUGUUCACCCUUAAAGCAAGUUAUGCUUACAACAGGAUCAGUAGGUUAAAGAUGUGCAGAUUUCCAGGAAUUUGACAAUUACUGAACAUUCAUGUUAAAAUAGACUAAAAUAA